CCCAUUCGUCUGGCAAAGUCUACGCCGACGCAUCAAUUUUUCUUGCGUACGGAGAAAAAUGGGAGUCCUUCUAUCGAAGAUCGGAGCUCUUCUUUCAAACUGGUUCGGCCCCUCGACGGCGAGGGCCGAAGAUGCGUCGUCGGAGCCGUCUUCCGUGUUGUCUUUUCACUCCUCAGCUAGAUGGCAACUCCACUUCAAUUCCGCUAAGGAAUCCUCCAAGCUCAUGGUGAUUGAUUUCUCCGCGACUUGGUGUGGACCCUGUAGGCUCAUGGAGCCGUCCUUCAACGCCAUGGCCAGCAAAUACACCGAUGUUGAGUUCGUCAAAAUCGAUGUAGAUGAGCUAUCUGAUGUGGCUCAGGAAUUUGGAGUACAAGCUAUGCCCACAUUUAUGUUGCUGAGGAGAGGGAAAGUGGUGGAUACAGUGGUUGGAGCCCGCAAAGAAGAGCUGGAGAAGAAGAUUCAAAAGCACAGAUGAGCAUCUGGUUGAACUUUAAUCCAAAAACCCCCAACAAUAAGUCCUCUCACUCUCACACUUCUUCCUCUCCUUUAUGUAGACAUUUGAAAGUUAUCUAUUUUCUAACUUGGUCAGCUAUUUGAAUGUUAAACUCCAUCCUCAAUCUAUCCAUCUUCUCUGUUCUGUAAGGCAUACCCAUUGUUUGCCUUUAGUUGGUGAAGUGCUUAAAAGCCCAACAGUUUUAGGAUGUUUUCUUGCAAACAGCUCAAGUUCUGAAGCUGACUUGAACUUUGUUAUCUGUGUGAAACAAAUCUUGAUAGUAUAAUGCUUAGUUAAGACAAUUUCUAUGAUCU